AUGCGAGCUUUGAGUGCCCGCGUUCCAUGGCAGACAUUGCGACCUCUGGUCCGAAGACAUGGCUGUUUGGCGGACCACCGGACUCUUCGAGAAUUUGAGGACCUGCGGCAUCACCUGGUAAGCGAGGGAGCAGACCUGGAUCCAGAACUGCUCGUCGUGCGAGAGUCGUCCGAUGGUUUUGGUGUAUUUGCCGGCCGGGCAAUCCAGAAGGGUGAGGUGGUUGCUUCAGUUCCCCGCCGACUUGUUUUGGAGGUCCCGUUCGCUGUGCAGCCCCGGCCAGCUGAAGCGCUUCCUUUCGCAGCCGCUGCUGGAGGUCAUGGCCAGUGGUACGAUGUUAUGGGCUUUCCGGCGGGCCGCGCCGCAGUGACGAAAGCUGCUGAACGCUUGAUCGAAGAGUACCACGCAGGUCAUAAUUCUCCAUUCAAGGCCUACUGCGCAGCUCUGCCGCCCCCCUCGGUUCUGCCUCCACCACUGCAUCCCCUGAGGCGCAGGUGGCCUUUGGAGCUGUUAAAGGCCAGCCCUAUGGUGGAACGGCUUUACAUGGAAGCCAGGUCUUUGAACAGAGAAUGCCUGGAGGCUUUGGCCAAGAUUCCUGAUUGCAGUCUUGAGCUGCGGUGCUGGGCUUUGGCUGCAGUCAUCACGCGAAACUUUGCCCUCAAAGGACCAACCGCAGGUGUGUCAUCUCUAGGGCUGCUUCCAUUCAUCGACCUCUUCAACCAUCAAAGCUCCGAAGGGGGCAAGAUUCCCUUCACGUGCUCCUAUCAAGAGAGACAUGGCUGUGUGGUCAUGGUGGCAGAUCGUGGCAUUGCCAAAGGCGAAGAGCUCACGUUUGUUUACUCUGCGGCGCCGGAUGCAGCCUUGCUCAUCCAGUAUGGCAUUCCUCCAGCAGCCUCGAACUUCCACAACGUAGCCGGGAUUCAGAUCCAUUCUGAUGUGCUGGGAGCAGAGGUACGCAAUGUGGUGCGUGACUGGGGCUGGACCGACCUAACGAAGCCGCUGCUCUUCACACUUCCGGGCGAUUUGGGACGUGAUGCACCCCUUUGGCAAUUAGCUGCUCUUGUAGCUCAACCCAACCUGGACCGCCCGCACGUGCCUCCGCCAAAGCAGCAGACAAGACGGCGCGGCCACAGAAAGAGGGAUCACGCCCCCAACCAUGACGUGGCCACGCUGGCCGUACUGGUAGCCUGGCUGGAAGCGGCUCUCUCCCGGACACCAUCGCGCUGGCAGAGGUGUGCUCCCUCCGAGGACAGCGACCUUUUUGCAGCUGUUGCCGUCAUUGCUGAGCGGGAAGCCGAGAUACUGGAGGAAUGCUUGCUGGAGACGCGACGGCGGCUGCUGGCUGCAGAGCUCUUGCUCGAAAGCUUUGAGGCGGCCAGGCGAAGUUGA